AUGGGACCUCUGCCCCCCGCGCUCGGCCUCUUCCUGUGCUCCGUCUGGCUCCGGACCUCCGCCCAGCCCUCCGAGACCAGCUUCCUGUGCACCCAGGUCGCCCACGACCCCCUCCCCAAAACCCCCCACAGCCGGGCCCCCUCCGACGCCAAGGAUCUGAUCCUGGAACUGCGAGAGCAGCUGGUGCAGCAGAGGGAGUCCAUCCUGGACCUGCGCGAGACGGUGCAGGAGCUGACCGCCAAGCUGGCCAUGUGCGAGGCCGGCCCAGCUCACAGCGAGGGGGGCCGGGACCACCAGCCCGCCUACGGGCACCACCCGGAGCACCGGCGCCAGGGCUACCCCCCCUUCCGGAAGGGCCACCCCCUCAGGGACACCAUGGGAGACCUGCCGAGGGUCUCCGCUGCCCGGCACAGGAGCCAGCCCCUGGACAACGCCUUCGACUCCAGAUACCCCCACCCUUGGAGUGAGCACCAACAGGAGCCCAUGAAAAGCCUUGCGGGGCACAUCACCAACCAGGCCCACGACAGCAGGAGGCAACAGCAGUACCAUGGUGGCACUCUGGAGCUGGCACUCGCCCAGUUACACCAGAGGCAGCCCUCAGGAGUCACCAGAGGAAGAAGCUCGGGGACUCUGGCUGACCGAUUCCAAGUGUCCUUCCCCUUGCGGACCAACUACAUGUACGUGAAAAUGACCAGCACCUUGGCCCAGGAGGUGUUUGCCUUCACUGUCUGUCUCCACUUGAAAACACUGUCCGCUCCUGUGGUUGGGACCCCAUUCUCCUAUGCAGUCCUAGGAGAGCCCAACGAACUGGUUCUGACUCAAUGGGGAACGAGUCCGAUGCAUCUGCUUAUCAACGACAAGAUGGCAGGCUUGCCCCUGGCACUGAAUGAUAGUGGCUGGCAUCACGUCUGCAUAACCUGGUCGAUCCGAGAUGGUACCUGGGAGGCCUAUCAGGAUGGUUCAAGCAGAGGCAAAGGGGACAACCUGGCCCCCUGGCACCCAAUCAAAUUGGGAGGCGUCUUCGUUCUCGGGCAAGAACAGGAUGCUGUCGAGGACCACUUCGACGCCAGCCAAGCUUUCGUAGGCGCACUGUCGGACUUCCAGAUGUGGGAUCGCGUGCUCCCGCCCUCCGAUAUCGAAAGCCUCGCGGCUUGCUCCAGCGCCCUGAGAGGGAACCUCGUCGCCUGGACUGCGGACAGCGUGGAACUGCACGGUGGGGUGGUCAACUUGCCUUUCAACCACUGUCACGAGGCCUGA